AUGAGAGUGGAAAGAGGCGCAGCAAUCAAAGUUAGCACCAAGGAACCCACAAAGAGACCCGCUAAAAUCGGUGAGAGGAAGAAUCAGUGUGGAGGUGGGGCUUACGAAGAAGAAGCAGGAGGAGGAGUGGAGCAACGCGGAGGUCUCGUGAGGGUGCACUGUAACGAAAGUGGAGAGGAUCGCAUCCAAGCGAGGCCUACUUAUCAGGUUCAUCAUCGUCUUUGUUUGUCACUGAUCUAUCCAAACCUCAAAGGGAGGAAGGGAGGAUUUUUGAGUUCUGUUGCUCACAGAGUCACAGUAUACGAGAACUCGCCAAUUCUCCAGCUCCAAGGUCAAAGAGGAGCUAAAGCGCUAGUCUUAGCUCGUUCUGAAGUCCUCAUCAGACAAUCUGCCACUUGGAUUCCAAACCCUGUCCCUAGAAGAAGACUCCACUAUCAUCGUCAUCUUGGAACCCUCCUGAAACUUUCUUCUCCGCCUUCACCGCCAUCAAUGGCUAGUGCUAGUGGGGUUUCAACAAUAUCCAAUGGAGGAGACGGCGUGAUUCGCUUCCCGCUGUCUCCUUCCAGCUCGCUCGUUAUCCAGAAGGGGGACAUCACCCGGUGGUUCGUCGACGGCUCCACCGAUGCCAUAGUUAAUCCAGCAAAUGAGCGAAUGCUUGGAGGUGGUGGUGCAGAUGGAGCUAUACAUAAGGCUGCUGGGCCAGACCUCCUACAAGCCUGUUAUAAUGUUCCAGAAGUCAGGCCUGGAGUUCGUUGCCCCACGGGAGAAGCAAGGAUUACUCCAGGUUUUAACUUGCCUGCGUCUCAUGUAAUCCACACUGUCGGGCCCAUCUACAAUGGUGAUAGCAACCCUCAAGCCUCUCUGAGAAGUGCAUACAGGAACAGCUUGAUUGUUGCCAAAGACCAUAACAUUCAAUAUAUUGCAUUUACUGCCAUAUCUUGUGGUGUAUAUGGAUACCCCUAUGAUGAAGCCGCAAUGAUCGCUAUAUCUACAGUUAAAGAGUUUCGAACUGACUUUAAAGAGGUUCACUUUGUUCUGUUCUCGCCAGAUGUUUACAAUGAGUGGUUGAACAAGGCAAAUGAAGCAUUGAAAGAUUAGUCUAUUCUACCAGCUAGCUAUGGGAAAAUUAAGUGUAUAUCUAUAUGCACCACUGUUCUAAUUUGAAGUUGAUGGUGGCUUGUGUGUGGAAGUAUUACUUUAGAGAAGGUGACCUUUCUUUGGGAAAUAUGGAUUAUGCUGGUGCUUGCUAUUCUGUUAUGUAUCAUUUGUCCUGUCCCUGUAAAUGAAACCCGUUUGAAUGCUAGUUGAACUUCCAUGACCAUAAUGCGCCUGUUAUGUGCAUCUAAUACUAGGAAAACAUGCUUUUUAUGCUUUUA